UGGCGACUAUGCUAGUGGUGCCAGCCAUUAUUCGAGCGGUGAGAACGAUCUGCGCUGUACGGUGGCCUCUUUGAGUGCGCUCCGUGGCUGCCGGCGAACUUGAGGAGGCGGCCAGAGGCCAGCGGACACUGGUCUAUUGUCACAGCAAGUGGUUAGCGUGCAAGAGUCUCUUUAACGAGUACUGGGACGGCGCGAGUGGGACAUUACCAAAUAUGGACAUGGAGCAUGCUCAGCCCGUCAGGAACAACCCGACCCGCUUUUAGCCGCUUUUUCUGUGAUAACCAGCCGACUCGGGAAGUGUCGCUCAACAAUUGUGCCCACAGUCUUCCUGCUAGCCACCCGAGGUGAUCCGCUUGUGUGAGACUGAAAAUCGGUGACAAUGUCUUUCCGCGUGGUGCGUUCGAGCAAGUUUCGGCACGUGUAUGGCACAGGGCUGAAAAGAGACCAGUGCUUCGACAACAUCAGGGUGUCUAAGUCGUCAUGGGACUCCACCUUCUGCGCCGUCAACCCCAAGUUUCUCGCCAUCAUCGUCGAGUCUGCGGGCGGAGGAGCCUUCAUCGUGAUGCCCCUCAGCAAGGUGGGCAGAAUCAACCCAGACCAUCCGCUGGUCGGUGGCCACAAGGGUCCGGUGCUUGACAUAGCCUGGUGCCCACACAACGACAAUGUCAUUGCCAGUGGCUCUGAGGACUGCGUUGUCAAAGUCUGGCAGAUACCUGACAGUGGGAUAUCAAGGACACUAACAGAUCCGAUCGUUGACCUGGUUUAUCACCAGAGGCGGGUUGGCUUGGUGCUGUGGCAUCCUUCAGCGCAGAACGUUCUGCUAACAGCAGGCAGUGACAAUCUGGUGCUGCUGUGGAAUGUGGGCAUAGGCGAGGUUAUCGUCAAAAUUGACUGCCACCCUGACAUCGUUUACUCAGCUUGCUGGAACUGGGACGGCUCUUCUUUGCUCACCACCUGCAAGGACAAGAAAAUCAGGAUUAUCAACCCACGCACGGGAGACAUUGAAGAGGAGGCAAUCAGUCACGAAGGAAGCAAAGCAACAAGAGCCAUCUUUCUGCGCUCAGGCCUUGUCUUCACCACUGGCUUCAGUAAAAUGUCUGAGCGGCAGUACUCGCUGCGAGCACCCGAUCACCUCUCCGAUCCGAUUGUGAUGGUUGAGCUGGACACAAGCAAUGGGGUCAUGUUCCCACUCUACGAUCCGGAUACCAAUCUAGUUUAUCUCUGUGGCAAGGGUGACAGUGUUAUCCGGUACUUUGAAAUCACUGCAGAGCCCCCCUUCGUCCAUUAUAUCAGCACUUUCCAGACACCCGACCCUCAGAGAGGAAUCGGCAUGAUGCCCAAGCGGGGCUGCGAUGUCAACUCGUGCGAGAUCUCAAGGUUUUUUAGGCUGAACAAUUCUGGUCUGUGCCAGGUCAUCACAUUCACUGUUCCUCGAAAGUCCGAGCUCUUCCAAGAAGAUUUGUACCCUGAUACCCCUGGUGAAGAGCCGGCCAUUACUGCCGAAGAAUGGCUAGGUGGAAAGGAUGCCGAACCACUGCUCAUUUCUCUGCGCGAUGGAUAUGCACCUAGCCAUAAAAAGGAGCUCAAGGUGAAACGCAAAAAUGUGCUUGACAAGAUGCCCCCAAAGAGAGGAGGAAGCACCUCAUCCAUGACAAGGUCCAGCGCCGACAGUGAUGGAGAUUCUGCCGAUGCGCCGGUUGUGCAGUCAGGAGUAUCGCAAAAAGUUGUUGAUGACCUAAUGGAGGAAAUUCGCAAACUGAAAGCGAUGAUUGUGAAACACGAAAACCGAAUUCGAUCGCUGGAAACAAAAGUGACUGGAGUGACUGCGCCGCCGUUGGGUAGCGGGGCAUCCGCCCUGCCAGGUACGCCUGCUCCUGCUAAGCCAGAGGAAAGCAAAGUCAAUUCAUCACCGGCUCAGUCAAGCGGCGAAGAAAUGGCUCCAGACGAAGUCUAACUGUUGCAUUCUGUGGUAAAGAAUGCUUUAACGAAUCUUGUACUAUUUUCGAGUCUUGUUAAGCAGAAAUUUAUAUUUUGAAUGCGUAUUUUUGAACUUGUACAUACUAUACAUUUUAAUGGUAAGGAUGCAAAAUAUUUGUGCAUUACUAUUAUGUAUCAAACCUGUAUUUGCUUGUAUUUAAUGAAUUUUAUUUAUUGUUGCCAUCACUCGCGACUGAUAUUAGUCAGAGUGGCUCUUUUUCCGCAAGUUAACCAGUUUUUAACGAACAAACUUUGUUUCCUCAAUUCAUAUCACAGGCUGGGCGGAGAAUGUACUUUUUUGAAAGAAUUUCGCCUCGCCUUUUGCCUUGGUUGUCAAUCAAGUGGGACACGUCAAACCCUGUCCAUUUUUGUUGCGUCAGCCUGAGUUUUGACUUAAUUCUGCUUGAUAGGUUCCAUACGUGCCAAUUAUUUGCUUUGUUGCUUGAACAUUAUGGUCUAUUCUUUCAACUUGGCCGACAGGGUUAUUAGUAAAAUGAUUUAAUUUCCAAUGCCUUUGAAAAAUGAGUACUUAAAUGUCAUUAGUAUGUAGCUUUUGUUUCCGUUUCGAAUUCGCAAUUUAACCUUCUUAAUUUAAAAAAACCCUGUCGAUCAUACCUUAAUUUGCAUUGAUGCAAUAUGGAGCUGCUUUGAUGCAUAUUAAAAUAGUAAAUCCAUUUCUAUCUCUCUAUUCGUUGCAUUUUGUUGAGAGGUUCGUUCUAUCAGAACUUAAAUGGUGCUUAAAUGUAUUUAUCAGUGGUUCAUAUAAAAAUUAGAUUCCUAGACCCUUGAGAAGUGCUUUGCGUGUCAGUUGGUCGACUGGUGUCGAUCGCCUGACAUUGGCUGUUAUCUGCAGCGAUAAUCUGGCACUCGCGUAAGCAGUGUCUCGCCUUGAAAACAGGCUGCCUUUGCAAAACGCAUCAAUUGCUGACGCGCUAAAACUGAUAUCGUGUUAUACCGUUCAAAUGAAAACAUUGUAUAUUUAUUAAUAAUAUGCCUUUUCAAACAAUAAAAAGCAAACUGAGCAAUUGA